GUGUUAUAGUAAACCAGUUUUAAAAAAUCGCGAUUGAGAGGGCUCGAGAUUUUUUUAAUUUAAAAUAUUGCUGUUUAAGGGCCAUUUUAAGAAAUGAAAAUCUAUCGUGCACUAAGGAAACGACGUUGCAAAGUUGAAGUGGCAGUUAUAAAAGAUGAAGAGAUAGAGAGUAAUGGAUUGACUAUAAGUAACAGUAAUCCCUGGGCAAUAAGAUCCAACACUUUGAGAUCAAAAAUGUCAUUUAAUAACCAUGACAGCAAUGGCACCCAUGAAGAGUCCAUGCACCGUAAAGAAAAAUCUUUCCAAUCAAGUGUCUUAAGUGAGAGCGCAAGAAGAUUUGGUGUUAUUUGUAACAACAGCAUUGUUUGUUUUGAUAUGUUAUCAACAAAAGCACAACAGAAGAGAGACAGUGUUUACGAUACUCUACAUGCAAGUGAAGAUGAUGCGAAUCUAAGUAAGGACACAUUUGCAGUGAUUAAAAAUAUAAGAAACAAACCUAUUCACGAAGUUACGGUGGAUAAAAAAUUUUCAGCGCUUCAAAAUAAAAACUUUUGUGAUGAAAUUUCGCCAAUAAACAUUAACAGACCCAAUAGUCAUUGUUAUGAUGGAAAAGAGAUCAAACAUGCAUGCAAUUUCAGUAAAUAUUCUUCGGAGAACUGCCCGAUACAUAAGGAAUAUGAAGUACCAAAAUCUCAUGUUUCAUUUUCACUUGAAGAAAGGACUGUUAAAGAAAAUAUAUCGGAAAAACACAAGAAAACCAAACAGGAAAAUCUCGGUAAUGCAAAGAGUGUUGAAAGAAAUUGUAAUUCAGAAACAACUAAAGAAAAAGCAUUUGGUUUGUUUGAAAGAUUGGGUAGCAGCAAUAUAAGUAAUAACAAAAAUGCCGAUAGUUUUUUGAGCCGAAAAUGUGUUCAUAAUUUGGUUCACAAGUGCUUAUCAGAUAGGAAAUUGACGCAAACAAUUCCGCACAGCUCAAUAAUAACUGGCGAUAAAAAUGAAAAACUGACAACAUACAAAAUAAUGAAUUGCAGGGAAAAUCUCACUCAGUCUUUCGAUCAACUUGUAAAUAGUAUCGUAACAACUGAAGACAAGAAUAAGAAAUAUUUUCUCAAGAUAGCAUUACUGGAAGCAAAGAAUCGGAAACUUACAAAUUUUUUGGAACAAGAGCAAAAGUAUCUGAAUAUUUUUGAUCUGCACAGCAGGCGGUCGGACCUUCCGGAGACGUCGCCCAGCCCCGCCAAAGACACGGCCAGUUGCAGUUGCGGGCCGGCGUGCGCGGUGCACGACUUGGAGCAGGCGCUCUGCCAGGCGGACGUGCACGCCAAGUGGCUCGCACUCGAGCUGCAGAAGCUCGAGCAGCGCGCGGACAUACUCGAGAAGGCCCUGGCCAGGCGUGAGGCAGAGUACGCGGCUCUCCGGGAGCAGUAUCUCAAAAUGAAAAGAUCAAGCGAUAAAAAGGCUUGUAUUCUUCUCAAGAGGGUGGGUGACUUGAAAACAAUCACCGAAGCACUGUUGAGUUCACUGAAAGAAAAAAAUGAUAUUUUUUUCGAAGUCACCAAGAAUAAAGAGAGUAACAGUAAAGAUUCCCAAAAAAUUCAGCUUACUCAGAAACUCAUUUACCAGAACCUUCUACUUAAAAAGCAAAUUGUGGAGCUAAAACUGAAAUUGGGAGUGUGUCCGAAAUGGCGAAUCUAAUGUGAUCAACACAGAUAUUCUUUUAAUACCACCAGAAAAAAAGGUGUAAUGAGAUAAAUCUUAAAAUGUGCAAUUUUACAAAACGUUUUAUAACAUGUAGCGAGCAAUGUGUACACUAUACAAAAAAUAUAUAUUUUUUGAGUUUAUAUCAUUAAAUUAUGAAAGCAGAAAAGCUUCCAUAAAAUAAAUAGAGAAAAAUGAUAAGUUUAAAAUCAUACAAUAUGUAUUAUAUUUAUUAUUUAAUAAACAAGAUUUAAAUAAAUUUA